UGGUGCAUAAAGGGUGCGUUUAUGCAGCAGCGGCUCUCUGCCAGUGUCAAUCUGCAUCAAUGGUCCAUGGUUAUUAUCACAGAGCAAUAUAAGUUCUAUUUAGAACGAUUUUAUGUAACUAGUUCGAUACGGAUCAACCUUUGAGCGGAUUUAUGGGCCAUUGUGACAUGCAUUCCGGUUAUCAAUAUCAUGUUUUUAUUAUGUCCACUCGAUUUGAUUCGAUAAGUCAGUUGUCAAUUAUCGCUCUACCAGUGCGCCCCGAGACUACGACGAUUGGGGUUUAAUGACCGCAACCCCCAUACCGAGAGAAACGCUUACCGAGCCCGGGGGCUUCGACAUCUAGCCGCGCUGCUAGCAGCCUACGGGUACAAUAAUCACCAUGGACCUCUGUGGAAACUUGAUACUCGUCGUUGCGUUUUUUACUUCCGGGUUGUAUGCGUUUCCGUUCGUCCAGCACAAGUACCAUGACUUUGACGAGCUGACGUCAGUUAUGACGUCACUUGCGAAUACGUACAACAAUACAACGCAUCUUUACAGCAUCGGGAAGUCAGUUGAGGGCAGAGACCUUUGGGUUAUUGCGAUCGCAGGCAACAAACCAGACGCGAUCGUACCCCGAAGACCUGACGUGAAGUUCAUUGGCAACAUGCAUGGGAACGAGGUUGUUGGUAAAGAGAAUCUGCUACAUUGCAUCGAGUAUCUACUCGUGAGCUAUGAAGCCAUGGACAGUGAAGUAAUGAAUCUCAUGGACAAUACGAGGAUCCAUAUACUGCCCUCUAUGAACCCGGACGGACUCGAGAUGGCUACCGAAACAGACAGCUGCCUUGGAAGUAUCGGCAGGAAUAACGCAAGAGGGCGCGAUCUCAACCGUAACUUCCCGGAUUUCUUCGAGCCGGACGAUAUCGUCAGAGAGCCCGAGACACUUGCCAUCAUGGAAUGGAUCCAAAGUAUCCAGUUUGCUCUCACCGUCAACUUUCAUGGUGGCGCCCUUGUGGCCAACUACCCAUUCGACAACGUGCUUCCAGAGGACCGUGACCCAUCAGACUCGUCCCAGUACAGCAUAAGCCCCGAUGAUGUCUUCUACAGAGAGAUGAGCUCAACCUAUGCCCAGAACCAUCCCAGAAUGCACCUCAAGCAAGAGAACCGAUGCGAUGGGUGGGACGGUGAAGGGUUUGAAGGUGGGAUUACCAACGGAGCUGACUGGUACAUCGUUAAAGGUAGCAUGCAAGAUUAUAACUAUAUUUACCAUGGCUGCAUGGCAAUACUAGUGGAGUUAUCUUGCUGCAAGUAUCCCAAUGCCUCAGGUCUACCAGAGUUCUGGAAUGAAAAUCGACGAUCCAUGCUAGCAGUUCUCCAACAAGUCCACAGAGGCGUGAAAGGGAUUGUGACCGAUAACGACACGGAUGAACCGAUAGAGGGCGCCCUUGUUUCGCUGGCUGGGCAGCCUGUUCCACCAUACCCCUCCUCGACUACAUCUUUAGGAGAAUACUGGAAGCUUUUGCCUGAAGGAACAUUUACUUUACAUGUUUCCAAGGACGGCUACGUCAGCGAGUCGGUGAACAUCAGUGUUCUAGCAAGCGUGAAUCCAGACGAUGUCGUCAUCGUAGACUUGUCCCUAGUCGCCUCACCUACCUCAUCUGCAGUUUGUUUACAUCAUCAAUCAAUAGUCACCGUGGCAACCCUGUUUUUGUCAAGUUAUUUUCUCAACUUAUUGAUAUGAUGUCAGCAAAGUUGGUUUGCAUCAAAAGACUGACUUUAAUAGAGUGAUUUUGUUUUAAGCAUUACAUUUUUGAAUCACGAUGUGUAAUAAAA